AUGGAGGGUAAGGUCAGGUAUAGAGUCCCGUUGGAUGCUGCUCAGUUUAACAAGCAGAAGUUCACCUCAAGGGAUGAUAUAAAGCCAUGGCUUUAUAAACAACUUGAAAAUACAGGGAUUGAUGUAGUAAUUGAGCGGUCUGAUAAGUCAAAGAUGAUUUUUAGGUGCAAAAACAAGGAGAAGAAGAAAAAGAAGAAAAAGCAACAGCAGCAACAGCAACAGCAAAAGAAGGACGAUACUAGUAACAACAAGAAUUUAGCUGAGGGCAAGGACAACAACUUUUCACGGACACCUAUUCGACGUCAAACUACUUGUCCGUUCAAAAUUAGAGCCAACUACAGUGUCAGGAAUAAAGUCUGGGGAAUUCUGUUGGUGUGCGAUUUACACGAUCACGUUGUUGAACAACCUUCUAAUGCCACAACAGCAGGAGCGAUAACAACAACAACAACAACUCCAAAACCACCACACUCUACAAAUGACAAAGGUGCACAAAACCCAUUGGAUUUGUUACCACAGCCAAACUUAAAUGGAGGAAAAUACUUCCAAAAUGAUAGUUCUAAAAAUGAUUCGAAUUCGGACUCACUAUUCAGCGGGAAGGAAGAUAGCAGUAGCGAUAAUCAAAGCUCGAUGAAUUCGAAUUUUUCCAAUAAAAGCGGCGGCAAUACUAGUAACAACAGUCCACCAACAUCCAUUAAUUCAGGGGAACUGUCAAAUAAUGAUGACUCUCUGAGCUCUAGUAAAUCGUCUAGUGCUAGCGGCAAUCGCAAAAGAGCAAGAAAGAAAAAAAAUGGGUUGACACCGGGUCUAAAGAAAAGGAAGAUUAAAAAGGAGGAUUACUUAGAUAAAGGGCGUUUGCCUAUCGCCGAGGAGAUUGCUUUGUCUCAGGGCGCAAAUACAAGCUUAAGCCAAAAAACAAAUUUAAACCACGACCAACGUCAAAAACUGGUAAAAGAGCAAGCACAAUCAUCUGGAGAACAGCGGGGGCAAGAUCAAACAUUGCCUCCUAAUUUCAGGUAUAUGGACCCGCCAUUUCCUCUGAACGGGCAUCCCAUGCAGUCUACGCAACCAAUGCAACCAAUGCAACCAAUGCAGCCAAUGCAGCCAAUGCAGCCAAAUUAUCCUGUUCAUUUUGCUCAAUUUAAUACAAAUAAUCCGCCGGUAAGUCAUUUAACUCCAAUACAGCCACGACUGCAAAAAGUGCCACCUUUACCGACUCCAAAACUCCGACAUUUACAAAGAAACCAACAAAAUUUGUCCAAGAGUUCUGAACAACAAGCAUAUUUACCAUCUGAAAAUCCAGCUCAAAAUAAGCAGCCUCAGAAGCUGGAACACGUUGAAAAAACUACUAAAUCCCCAAAAGGAUUAUACAAUUCACAGGCACAUUCAGUACACGCAUUACAAACUCUUCAGGAUAUGGUGAGGGCUAAAAUAAAGCAUAUUGUGCUUGAUGAUCCAAAAAUUACUGACCACCAAAAAACAUCUAUGAUGGAUUCUUUCAUAUCUCAAUUACUACUUGAGUAUAGGACAUACUUUAGCCCUCAAUUUUUGAGUUCUUUAAAGGAGAAUUUGUUUGAUCAAAAUACUCUAUCUGGAUCAAAUACGAUGGGCGCACCACAAACAGAGCAUAUGCCAUCCAUUGCUACGCAUACUUUACUUCCAGACAAAAAUGUACCUAUCAACAGACCAUCAAGUGCCUCAUCGAAAACCAACAUUUUGCAGCCAGGUUCUACGGCCUCAAUCCCACUUUCGCCUCUUCUUAAUGGCAAUGGAAACGGAAAUGGAAAUGAAAUUGGGAAUGGAAAUGGAAAUAUACUGCUAGAUAAUCUGACUCAAUUACUUCGGCCCUCCAACAAUAUAGGGACCUCUAAUGCAUAUGGUAAUGCCUGGGAAGCUGCAUCUCAUUCAUCAAAACCAUUCAAAAGUGGUCAAAAUACGUCUAUGACAUCCGGGAAUAUGAACUUGAACUCGAGCGUAAACAUGAGCAAUACACCCUUUCCACUACAGAGCGAUCCGAGAGCUUUGAACAACCCUCUACCUCCUUUAAACUCCCUUCAUAGCAAUACAAAGUUAACAAAUACUUUAGCAAAGCGACAAAUUACACCUCCUGAUUUCCCGUCUUUGCACAAGGGUCAUACAGGACUUUCAAACUACCCGUUAAACCCAACACGGCCAAUUAACCAACGAGCGAAUAACAACAACUGUUCAAACUUUGCUGAUUCGGGGAACGAUAGUAGCACAAAUGCUAAAUCACAACUUAAUCACAAUCUGAUUAUCAACAACAACAACAACAACAACAACAAUAACAACACGAAUCUGCUUCCACCACCGCUGCAACCUCUUCUUCUUCCAGAUGGCGCCUUAAUCAAGACAGAUAGCUCCACAAACUCUGAUGUAUCAUCUAAAGAAGGCAACUCUAGUGGAUCGUCCGUGAAUCAGGAAACGAAAUUUGGAGCAACAACUAAAGCAGGGACGUCAGGUCCAGUUUUUCCUUCGCUAAACCCCAUUCUGUCAACUCCUAAUCCAACUCAAAUUCUUAGACACAAUAAUAUCUCGGUGAAUCCGAAUCUGCUCCCAAACCUGAACCUGAGUCUGAGUAAUAGUAUUGGCGUGUAUCAAAGUGGAAAUUAUAAUAAUAACGGAAAAUUCGUUGGUAGUAUACCAGUCGGCGACACUGCUUUUGCUCAACACCAACAACAUCAACAGCAGCAACAGCAACAGCAACAGCAACAGCAACAGCAACAUUUUAAUCCUGCAUUACUUUAUAGUUCAAAUAUGCAGACUCCGCAGAAUCUGGGCAUGACUGGGAAUUUAAACGCUGUAACAUACAAUGAAAAUGGAAAUCAAAACGCAAUGUUGAACAGUUUUGGAGCUAAUGGAAGUUUGGGAGGAUUCUCCAACAGUAAUGAAUGUUUGAAUGGAAAUGGCGGGGGAAGUGGUAAUGGAAGUCUUAAUAAUUUUGGUGUAAUAAGCGGUAUUGGAAGCAUAGGUGGAAUGAGUAAUAUUGGUGUUGGUGGUGUUGGUGGAUCAGUUCCUGGCCGAAACAGUUCAUCGAAUACCAAUUCGGGAUUUGUUUACCAGGAGAGAGAUAGUGGAUCAAAUUUACUUAACAAUAUGCCAUCUUUUGAUCCUACUUGGUGA